AUGUGGCCCAAUUUCGCGGUGUUGCUGCUGAUGCUGAUGGGCACUGAGGCGAUUGUGAAUCCAUCGAACGAGUCCGCCAAUAUGGUCAUCUACAUGCUGCCCGGCAAGGAUGUGGGUCCGCAUACCUGGCAGGUGGGCGUCGACUGUCUGGACAGCUUUGCUCAAAUCUUCUUCUACCGCAAUCCGAUGGAGCGUUUCACUCGCGCCUACAAUCUGAUGAUGACCAACGUGUACAACAUGUCGCUGCCGGCAGCUCUCAUCCAGAAGGGCUUCAGCAAGCGCAUCAAUGAGGCCAUCAGCAACACAUCGAUGCCGCCGGAACGUGAGUUCUAUCAACUACGCGUCAUCUCGGAUCAACUGAAUUCGAAACCCUCGAAAAUCUUUGGCGAAAUUCUACUAGCUGACAAUUAUGUCAUCGUUGUGGACAGCGUGGAGCGACUGCAGAAGAUGAUGAGCAAGUAUUUGACUAAGAGUCGCUCCUGGAAUCCAGGAGCUCGCUUCCUUGUGCUCUACCAUAAUCCAGAGCUGCGAGAUAAACCCUGGAAGGUUGCCUCGACGAUCUUCAACGACCUGAUGACCAAGUUCUAUGUGCAUCGAGUGGCUCUGCUUUAUGCCAACUCUUCGACGGACUACAAUCUCUUGGUGAACGAUUACUACAGCAACAUCGACUGUCGCGUGCUCAGUGUGCAGAGCGUGGGUCAAUGCCAGAACGGUCAGCUUUAUCCCUCUUCACAUGCGGUUCAUGUGUCCAUGCUGGAUUACAUAAGCGGCUUCAGUCCUCGCAACUGCACCUUCUACGUCUGUUGUUCUAUUGCUGCUCCCUUCGUGGAAGAGGAUUGCAUUGUGGGACUCGAGAUGCGGAUAUUGGGAUUCGUGCGCAACCGUCUGGGUUUUGAAACCAAUCAGACGUGCACUCGGGACACACGAGGUGAGGUCGAUGAAGAUGGCAACUGGAAUGGUCUGCUGGGAAAAUUGUCCGAGGGCGAAUGCGACUUCAUAAUGGGAGGCUUCUAUCCCGACAACGAGGUGACUGUCGACUUCUGGGGAUCCGACUCUUAUCUCCAGGACGCACACACUUGGUUCACCAAGCUUGCGGAUCAUCGCCCCGCCUGGCGAGCCAUGAUCGGCAUCUUUGCCUGGAACACUUGGGUUAGCUUUCUGCUGGUGCUUGUCCUGACCUGGCUGUUCUGGUAUGCCUUGGUUCGGAUCUUGCCGGAGCCAAAGUACUUUCAGCAACUCAGCUUGACAGCCAUCAACGCCCUGGCAGUGUCCAUAGGCGUGGCAGUACAAGAGCGACCCAUAUGUGAGGCGACAAGAUUGUUUUUCCUAUCGCUGACCUUGUAUGGCAUUAAUCUGGUGGCCACCUACACCUCGAAGAUGAUUGAGACAUUCCAAUACCCUGGCUAUCUACAUCAGCUGGACGAGCUGGAGGAAGUGGUCGCUGCGGGCAUUCCCUUUGGCGGUGAGGAAGAGAGUCGCGAUUGGUUCGAGAACGACGACGACAUGUGGAUAUUCAAGGCAUACAAUUCGUCCGUCGACUUUAGGCCACGCACUAAGAACCUCAAAGACGUAGAGGAGGGACUGCGCUGCAUUCUGAGCAGCCGUAUGUACAUUAUGCAGAAUCGACAUGCAGACGACAUCUUCGCCUUUCCCCAGAACGUCUUCACCAGUCCCAUGCAGAUGAUCAUGAAGGCGGGCUUUCCCUUCAUGUUCGAGAUAAACAUGGUGAUCCGCUACAUGCGGGAUGUGGGCAUCAUAGCGAAGAUCGACUCGGACUUUCGAUUCAACAACACGUACCUCAAUCGCAUUGCCAAGAUGCGGCCCAACUUCGCAGACACUGCCAUUGUGCUGACCACGGAGCAUGUGAAGGGUCCCUUUGGCAUACUAAUCUUUGGUAUUUGCAGUGCCUCUCUGGCCUUUCUCCUCGAGCUGCUCUACGUUUAUCGCGGCUGCAGGCUACGCAGGCGACAGCGACGCAGGCAACUACGACGCACCAAGUGGCGCAGGGAACGUUAUCAACUCCGGCAGGCAAUGGCUCCGGUUGUGCGAUUCACGCCCGUCAAGAGACGCAAAGUCCUGUAA